UUCCAUUUUAGAAGAAAUUAUCUCACUUCCGGCGACUGUCAGAGCCGCGUACAAGUCAUGUGACCAUUGAGUCUUGAUUUAAAGUUCAACGAGAAUUGACGAGACUUUGACAUUUUGGUCAAAAUGGAGGUCGUCAAGAAAGUCGCCACGGAUGUGGCCCAAAACGUUGCACCGUACCUGGAGGAAGCCAGGCUAAAGGUGAAUGCCUCGUGCCAGCAGUUCGAAGGAUGGCAGAUUAUUGCGUUCACGUUUGGAGUCACUCUUAUGCUCGUCUCUGUAUACCAGUGGAUUUUUGACGAAGAAUACCCCAUAAAGGCAAGAAUUGUGAAGGGCUUUUUCAAGUUCGUAAAGAAUCUGCCAAUCGUCAAGGGUAAAAUUCAGAAGGAGGUGGACAAAAAUGCUAAGGGUGUCGAGGAUGGUUUUCAGAAGGGCAUUGGAAGCCUGCCUUAUGUUAAACGCUUGCCCGCCAAAGGCAUGUCAGAGGCUCAAAUCAUGAAGGAACUGGACAAGUACCAAUCUCUUGUGACAGUGGAGUGGUCCAAGGGAACAGUGUCUGGUGCAGUUUACAACGGAGGAGAGGAACUUACAGACAUCAUCACCAAUGCAUACAAAAAAUUUGCGUGGACUAAUCCACUCCAUCCUGACAUGUUCCCUGACGUUCGCAAGAUUGAGGCGGAGGUGGUGAGAAUGUGCUGCAACAUGUUUAACGGGGACAGCAAUAGCUGUGGAACGAUUACGACAGGUGGAACAGAAAGCAUCCUGUUGAUGUGUCUUGCCUAUCGCAACAGGGCCAGGGAACAAGGCAUUAGAUACCCAGAAAUGAUUGUACCCACAACAGUUCAUGCAGCCUUUGAUAAGGCAGCAGCUAUGUUUCACAUGAAGAUAACUCAUAUACCGGUCGAUCCAAUAACAUGCAAGGUGAAUGUCCGUAAAAUGAGAAGUGCCAUCAACAAGAAUACAUGCAUGUUGGUUGGGUCUGCGCCUGGUUUCCCACACGGCUCUGUGGAUCCUAUGGAAGAAAUAGCAGCUUUGGGUUUGAAAUAUGGCAUCCCGGUUCACACUGACUGCUGUCUAGGUGGAUUUCUCAUUCCGUUCAUGGAGAAGGCUGGUUUUGAUGUUCCCAAGGUGGACUUCCGCGUGCCCGGAAUCACCAGUAUCUCGGCUGAUACACAUAAGUAUGGGUUUGCCCCAAAGGGUUCGUCUGUAAUCCUGUACAGUGACAAGGAGUACAGAAAGUACCAGUUCUUUGUGCAACCCAACUGGUCAGGUGGAAUUUAUGCCUCACCUACCCUUGCAGGCAGCAGGUCUGGUGCCAUCAUCGCCUCGUGUUGGGCGGCCAUGAUGCACUUCGGGGAACAAGGCUAUGUGGAGACCACCCGUCAAAUCAUCAAGACCACUAGAUACAUUGCUGCUGAGCUCGCCAAGAUCCCAGGUCUGUACAUAUUGGGAGAACCACAAGUGUCCGUCGUUGCCGUUGCGUCCCAUGACUUCAACAUCUUCCGACUGUCGGACGCUUUGCAUGACAAGGGGUACUGCCUUAGUGUCCUGCAGUUCCCCUCCGCAAUCCAUCUGUGUGUGACCUUACCCCACACAAAGCCCGGGGCAGCGGAUGCCUUCCUGAAGGAGGCUAGGUCCUGUGUCAAGGAGAUCAUGAAGGAUCCAAAGGCGAAGUGUGGAGGCAUUGGCGCUAUCUAUGGGAUGUCGCAGUCAAUUCCAGAUCGCUCGAUGGUCUCUGAGAUUGCUGGACUGUUCCUUGAUGCCUGCUACAGUACCACGGACCCAGUCGAUCCCAAGGAAACUAAUGGUGUCCAUUAGUUUUUUUGCUGCCAUGAAGCCUGACGUUCUAAUGGUGUUUGUUAGGUCACACCCCAGCGAUACUUUCAGAAUUAAAGGGGCUUUUUCACAGAUUUCGUGUUUGUGAAAAGUGUCAUAAAAAUUAAACUAGUAACUAACAUCGGGUAUUGUGUAAAAUAAUUAUAAUAGUUUAAGGAAAUUUUUAUUGAAACAGUCUGUGUCAGAAAUUAUUAUUAUACAAUAGUCAUAUAGACCAAAUAUUCCUUUAUAGUCCGAAAAACAAUUAUCAUCAUUACAUGAUUCAUAAUAAAUUUGUAAACAAUUGUUAAGUAAGUCUUUCCAAAUAUUUGUAUAAGGCACAGUAACAAAGCACCUAGUUGCGUUUGGAGGUGAAUUGCCCCACCACGUUUCUUUUUUUUUAUUCUUUUAAAUUAAAAGCUUAAAAAUGAAGGAGUUUAAAUGCCAAAUGCUUUAAUUCAUUUAUAAAACACGCAAAUUUCAACAGUUAAAAAUAAUCAAACACCAAUUGUACCACAAGUGACAAUGGUAGAAUAGAAUCUAUUUAAUUUUUUAAAACUCCUACCUGUGCUGGGAAGUUUGAUGUAAUUAUUCUGUAUACUGGUGAGAAUUACCUGACUGACAUUUGGUCUGAUAAGAUUGUUUAAGCAUAAUUGUUGCAAGGAUUUGGAAAUGAAGGCAAAGUUUUAUAACUCAAUUGGACUAAGACCAGGGCCACAAAUUAACUAAUAGUCCUAUAUAAAUUUUGUUGGCAAGGACUAUGCAUUUUUGGUGCAUAUUGAAAUAUAAAAAAAUGCCUUCACCUCAAACUGGAAACCUCAUGGUAUUAGCGAAAACAAACUGUGUCUGCACCAAUCAUGUAAUAAAAAUGGACAGCAGCUUUAUUUUUAACAUCAUGAGGACAUUUUAUCAAAAUUGUAUUUAAAAGUGUUAAAAGCACUUUGUUAUUUCACUGUUAUUUCACUGUUAAAGAAUAUCCAUAAACUAAUCAAUAUUUUUAACAUUUGUCUAUGAAUCAGAAGUGUUAUUUUGCUUAUUUUGAUUUAUAGUGUAUACCUUUUAAUGCCUUCCUUCGAAGAAGGCGGCAUAUUGAUGUGUCACUUGUAACACUUGUCUCCCGACCUAAAAGGUAAAGGUAAAGGUCAUUCUUUAAGGCAAAAUAUGGUCAUAAAACAGCUUGUUUUUGACAUAAAUGGAGUUUAAAACAAAGGUGGAUUUCCCCCGCAACAGUGGAGAUUUUUUUAUGCCCCCUUUAGAAGAAAAGGGGGCAUAUAGUGAUCGGACUGUCCGUCCGUCUGUCUGUCUGUCCGUCUUUCCGUCACACUUGCGUUUAGGUUUCGACAAAUGCUCAUAACUUCUAUGUCCCUUGAGAUAUAACCUUCAUAUUUGGUUUGCAUGUGUAUAUGGACAAGUCCUUUCCAUACGCACACAAUUUUUUACCCCUGUGACCUUGACCUUGAACUUAGGGUCAACGAUUAGGUUUCGAAAUCUGCUUUUAGGUUUCGAAAAAUGCUCAUAACUUCUAUGUCCCUUGAGUUAUAACCUACAUAUUUGGUAUGCAUGUGUAUAUGGACAAGGCCUUUCCAUAUGCUUAAAAAUGUUUACCCCUGUGACCUUGACCUUGAACUUAGGGUCCGCGUUUAGGUUUCGAAAUCUGCGUUUAGGUUUCGAAAAAUGCUCAUAACUUCUAUCAAGCGUUUAUAGGGGGCAUAAGUCAUCCUAUGGUGACAGCUCUUGUUUUUUUUAAGUUGGUUUUUUUCUAAUUGCCAAUUUUCAUAACUAUGAAGAAGUCCCUUAAAUAGACUUUGAGGGGGCAAAAUGGUGUGAUGAUGUCCGUUAGUUCAUACCUCAGACUGACAGUGAGGCAUUAUGGCCAGUUUUCUGGCAGCAUUUGAAAAUUGGCGUGUUUCUAUAAUUUGUCAUUUAAGUUGUAUUAUUUAGUUAGGGAACAAUACUUUUAUCUCUUUCUGUGAUUACUUUAUUUAUAUCAGACACAAAUAUAUCUACAGUGCAUCUACCUUUUUUCACGAGCUUAUAUAGAUCCAGAAUAUUUUAAAUGCACCUUGUAGUGACAACACAUUAUUAUUUGCGUGAUGCCCCAUACCACAAGCCACUCAAUGAUACAUACUCUUUGAAUAAUUUACAAGCAUAAUAUUUUAUAUAUAAAAUAAAUACAAGUUUUUAAGUUGUGAGGGCAUUUAAUGCAAAGAAUUGUGCAAUAUAUGUUAUAUUAUAUUCUUUUAUGAACCCGUUAAAAGAAAACUUGAAAUCCAAAUAUAUUCGAAGUUACGAAAAUAAACAAAAUUACAUGCUAAAGGGAAGUAAUAACGAAUUCAGAAGUUGUUUUGUUUAUUCAAAUUCGUAUUUGUAUAUGGUAUAUGAAAAAGAGAUAAUUUGUUUUGAAUUACUUUUCUAUGCCUAUUCUUUUCACAAUUAUAAGUUUAUAUCAGUAAUGAGAUUGUUUCUGAUCUAUUUAUCUCUUUUUGUUGUGAAUAAUAUAUGCACGUUCAUUUACCUGAAUAAUAUUAUAAGGAACCAUUUUCUAAAGAUAUUUUGAAGGCUUCUUACUAUGAUAAAAUGGCAAAUACAUUUUUCUUUAAUUUUUUGUUAUGAUUUUUAGAGUGUAAACAUAGUAUCAUGCUAUUUUUUUUUCCAAAACUACAAAACAUGUUCACAAGUUAAUUGCCAAUGACCUUCUUUAUAUAAGAUGGUUUAACCCGAAUGUGAACAAUAACGUUGUUUUUUAUUAUAAUAGUGUAUUCAAUCAAUGUAUUAUAAAACUUGGUUAUAUAUGUCAGCAUAUUUCCUAAAAUAUUUUUGUCGAUGUAAACUGAUAAACUAUACAAUCAUGUGCUGUCAGUUAUUUUUGGAAUAUUUCUUUUUCCUAUGAAGAUAACAUUAAGACAUAUCGUUCAUGAAAGUUUUGUGAAUGGUGUCUUAUAGAGGACCAACUUAUAAUUUGUGCGUUCUAUGUGUUUAUAUUUAUAAUAUUUAUAAUCGAUGUCUGAUACUAUCAAUAGACUUUGUUUUUGUAUGUUGUGAUAGAUUGUGUGAAAGAAAACUUAAUUGAAGCUUUCCUUUAAAUAGCGUUGUUGUCGAUCUAUAUAAAACGUUGUCCAGAACCCAUACUAUGAAUGAAUUUAAAGUAAUAGACCUUGCGUGUAUAGUGAUGUAUGCGUGCUGUUCUGCCUUUCAACAAUUCUUUUUGGAACUUGAUAGUGUCCUGAAAAUGAUAUUAUUUUCUGUUGCACCAAUAAAUUACAACGAUUAUUUAA